GUUUUCGCUACAGUGUGAACGAUUUUGUUGUGAAAAGGAUACUGUAGCUGUUCAGACUUGCAAGACAUUAGUAAUGAAGGGACAUGAGGCACAAGAGCCGCUGAGAGGCUCGUUGCAACACCGCACGUGUAGAUUCACCUAGUCCUUGGCCUUGUGAACUCUAGUCUAGUGGUUGAGCUCCUAAACUAAGUUACUUGGCGCAAGCCGCUUUGCUUCCCUUUGUUCAGCUGUAGGAGGUCUAUAAAAAAAGGUCGAUAGCUGCAAUCAUAAUCAUGAGUCGUCGGGAGCGUGGGGCAGAGGAGAGGGAGAGAAAGUCAAAGCCGAAGGUGAAGUCAGAAUUUGUUCGGUUUGAGGUAGACAGGGAUGAUUCCGAUUCUCCAACGGGUCUCGGUGGCAUUGGUCGACGCCUGAGCACCAGUUUCGGCAAGGGAAGGGAGAGAGCUUUCGUUGCUGCCAGUGGGGAAGACGGCGAGUACGCCAUGAUGCGGGAUGGCUCACGGCGUUUAGGCAAGAUGCUCACGUCACCCGCCAGUAGCCAUGGUGGUGCCGAUAGCGGUACUGCUGGUAGAAGCGGUGGUGGUGGUGGCACCGGCACUGAACUACAGACUAUUGGUGAUCCAAUGGUGGCCAUUGCAGGUCCCAGGACUACCCUGCCACCGGGAGCCAGGGGCGACAGCAGUUCCGUGAAAAGGAGAACAAAUCCUCUGAUGCGCUCUAUUGUCCACAAGCAUUCACAAGCUUCUCUCUUCGUUAAUCAAAUGUACGCCGCUCGUCUGGCGUUGAGGAACGCAGUCGACACUGGGUCGGAUCCACUGCACCAGGCAGCACGUGAUGGGAUGGUAAUGGAGCUGACACACAUACUGGAUACAUCACCCAUGAACACGACCAACUCCCUUGAUGGCAACAGCUACGCUCCACUGCAUUAUGCUGCACGUGGUAAUCACAUUGAGUGCGUGAAGAUGCUGCUUGAUAACGGAGCGGAUGCCAACAUCCAAGGAGAUGAAGAGCGUACUCCACUGUUUCUAGCUGCCAAGUGUAACCGUCCAGACGUGGUGGGCAUUCUUUGUCAGCACCCGGGUGCCAGAACUGACCUGCCGGACAUGUACGGCAUGCUGCCAUCUCAUGUGGCUGCACGCCGUGGACAUUCCGCAGUGCUGAAGGAGUUGAACAAGAGUGGUGCUCUACACAUAGAGUCACCUGAUUUCCAUGGCAAUACGGCACUCCAUCACUCAUGCAUGUCGGGAAACGCGGAAGUCGCUAAUUUUCUGCUUGAACAUGGUGCCAGUCCUCUUCACAAGAACAACAACAAGGAAACGCCAUACCAUCUGGCUGCAAAGGAAGGCUUCGUAUCUGUUCUCAAGAUAAUUCUGAAGAACAAGAUCUUUGAUCCCGAGUCACAGCGACGGCAAAUGAUGGCUGACCGAGACAAUGAAGGCAACACUUGUCUACACCUUGCUGCCCAGAAUGGGCAUACCCAGGUUGUUCAACUGUGCCUCCAGGAACUUGCUGACAUCAAUGCUCACAAUUCGUUCUUUGCAACCCCACUGCACCUGGCAGCAGUGAAUGGUCAUGAAGAGGUGGUCAAGAUGUUGGCAGCUGGUGGCGCCAAGCUGAAUAGCCCCGAUUUCGAGAGGAUGACACCACUACACAGGGCCACCAAGUUCAACCGACUGGGCAUUGUCAACUUUCUCCUUUCACAAGGUGAGAACACCAAAGUGGAUGCUCACGACGCCAAUGGCAAGACUCCACUGUUGGUGGCUGCUUCACAUGGGCACGUAUCCAUCAUGACGGCUCUACACCGAUUCCAUGCAGCCAUUCAAGCACGUGAUGCCUGCGACAGGACAUGCCUGCACCUUGCUGUCAUCAACCAUGAAAUCAAAGCUGUGGAAACAUCCUUGAAGCUUGGUGGGAAGGAUAUUCUCAACUCUGUGGACCGAGAUGAGUCAACUGCCCUGCACUUGGCAGCGAGAAAGGGUUUCUUCAAGAUUUGUCAGCUGCUGGGUGAGCAUCACUGUGACAUGACAGCCCGUGAUGAGCAUGAGAGAAUACCGCUGCACUGGUCUGCUAGCGAAGGCAAGUAUCGCACUACCAAGUUUCUUGUGGAGAGUACACCAACAAAUGUGAAUGACAUUGAUGAUCAGGGAAGGACUCCGCUCCACCUUGCUGCUAUCAACGGACAUCAGCGCCUGUGUGAGCUCUUGAUGGACCUUGGUGCUGAUGUGUCUGCCAGAGACAACCGUCGCUGGACACCUCUGUGCCAUGCAUCAUCUGAAGGUCACUGCAACACGAUGGAAUCUCUACUUGAACAUGGAUCACCAGUCAACAUCAAAGACCACCGUGGUAAUACACCACUUCACCUGGCAUGCAUGGCCGGCCACUCCAAGGCUGUGCGAACACUGUUGGAUCACAAUGCUGUUCUCGUUCAGAAGAAUUCUGAUGGCAUGACAUGCUUUGAUGUUGCCAUCGAUGGUGGCCAUGAAGAUGUUGCAGAGGUCAUUAUCCGGGACUCCAGGUGGCAUGAGGUGAUGCGGCGCAACUUGAACGAGACGCCGCCAAUGGUGCGGCUGAUUGAGAAGAUGCCAAACAUAGCAGAUAUUGUCCUGGACCAGUGCCUGUGGAUUACUCCGGGCAAAACGCCAGUGGAUGACUGCGUAACGUAUGACUUCCAGUACAUCUAUGAGCCACCACUGAGCAAGAAAGAACAGCCAGAAGACUACAUUGAGUCUAAGCCUGUGGACCUGAUGGUGACUGAGAAGACUGAGAAUUUACUGUCUCAUCGACUGACACAGGCACUCAUGAAGUACAAAUGGCGUACUUUUGGCAAGUGGGUGUUCCUCACCAACCUCCUGGUGUACAUCAUCUUCAUCAGUUUUCUGACAGUCUACGUUGCCAACAACAAGACUAAGCACCAGCAGGACGCACUCACCUUACAGGACACCGCCUUUGCUACGGAACGCGAUGCCAAGUACGUUGCCUACAGUUCCGUGCAGUGUUCAAUUUCCGAUAGCCGCACGGCGAACUUCCACUACUUAAUCCGUAACUCCAUUGUGAAUGCCAACUAUCCGUGCCGCGCUCUCAAAUUUGAGUAUGAGUGUGAGUCUCCUGUAGCCGCCAUUGACAAUACACUGUUCGCAUCCAGUGCUAACUACACUUGUCCGCCGACGGAGUGGAGCCCUAACCAAACAAACUACAUCAUUGGUUGUGUUGGGCCGGCGUACUAUGCAACAGGUGAUUUCAUCACUGUCUACGAGCGGCGGGGGAGACUUGUCGAAGUAUGCACAGACCUCCGCUACAAUUCUUCAUGUACCCUUGCCAGCGGAGAAUGGGGCAUCAUCUUCAGCCAGGACGUCAGUAUUCAAACCACUGCUUGCAGCUCUCCGUUUGUAGUCCCCGCGCCUCCUCCAUCAUCCUAUAUCAGUCAAACGGUUCUCAGCGUCUUUGCCUUGGUCCAGAUGCUCAAGGAGCUCAUUAUCAUUGUUUUGAAGAGACGUGCAUACUUGAAUGAUAUCGGAGACAGUGUUCUGGAGUGGUCACUGUACAUCUUAACCCUGUGCUUUGUCUGGCCUGGACGCCUUGGUCUACAACCCACUGAUUGGCAAUGGAAAUGUGGUGCGGUGGCAGUUUUCCUGGCAUGGUUUGACUUGGUGCUUUUCAUCCAGAGGUUCAGCUUCUUGGGGAUUUAUGUCGUCAUGUUCAAAUCUGUUCUCCAGACAUUGUUAGAGGUAUCAAUUGUGUUCCUGAUGUUUGGCGUCGCAUUUGGCCUCUCUUUCUACAUCCUCUUCCAAGGCCAGGAUAGCUUCAAGUCCAUAUCCUGGAGCCUGCUCCAGACAUUUGCCAUGAUGCUUGGAGAAGUGGAGUACGUUAACAUCUUCGUCAGCGGUCUCAGCGAUGUUCCCUAUGUAGGUGUGUCCGUUUUCAUUUACAUCCUUUUUAUUCUGAUCAUGCCCAUCCUGUUGAUGAACCUCCUGGUCGGUUUGGCGGUCGGUGAUAUCGAGACGGUCAAGCAGAGUGCAUUCCUGAAGCGCCUCGAGAUGCAGGUGGAAAUGAUCAGCUCUGUUGAGCGCUGGAUGCCGUAUGUCGUUCAGAAAUACUUCUACAAGACGUCACUCCAGCGCUAUCCUCGACGUCCGAAGAACAUCUACUGUAAGGUCAAGGAGCAGAUGGACUUACUGACGAGCAUGGGUGGUGCUGAAGAGUCCUUUGGCAGUGCCCAGGACAAGGAGAAGGAGCAGCGGCUUGUACAGAUAUCAACUGAGCUCACGAGACAGAAAACAAGAAUGAGAGGAGUUCAGAAGCAACUGGACAUGCAGAGUCGUAUGCUGCGCACAAUUGCUGAGCAGAUGAAGAUCAAGAGUGAAGUAUACGAGUCGGAUAACGAUGACGACAUGCAACUGGAUGAGUUGUACUCGUAAAGGUGAUGUGUGGCGAGUGUCUGUAGUAACUUCUAGCCUGGUAUUGUUUGUGAAACAACUCUAAUUACUUUGUUGCUGGCUGACUCUUCACUACUUUAGAUACCUUGCCUCUAAUUCUUUUCUGAAGUUGUUGGUGUAGCGGCUCAAACUGUAGUUUUACUGUUCUCAAUUAUGGCUAGAUAAUUUGGAGGAGCUAAAUGUUCAGUGGCCCUAUAGUCAGGGAUUUCCUGUCACUUACAUGCAGUGCAAGGCGCGAGGCCAGGCUACUGUGGUGUGCAAGGUAGCACACACAUGCUGUGUAUAGCGAUGGAAAGAUAGUUUUAACUCUGGCUGCACUAGCUGUGCUUCAUUCUGGGAGAGACACAGUUAUGCCCAUUUUCAGCAUCGGUCAGGGCUAUGCAAUUCUUGCAAAAAGUUCUUUGCUUUCGUUUUUGUGAAAUGCGCGUAGGUCACAGCUUUUGUAGUGAGUUUCGGAUUGCUUGCUGGCACCUGCUGAAUGUCUUUUACCGCUGAUUUUCCAUUGUGAGCGGGUUGCAUUACACAGUGGUGUAUUGGCUGAUCAUUAUUCCAGUACUUCCUCCGUUAACAAAAAUUUCGUGAUGGA